GGGUUUUCCACGUUGGACAAGUGCGGCUCGGCGGCCAGCGGAGCGCGCCCCUUCCCGCUGCCCGCUCCGCUCCUCUCUUCUACCCAGCCCAGUGGGCGAGUGGGCAGCGGCGGCCGCGGCGCUGGGCCCUCUCCCGCCGGUGUGUGCGCGCUCGUACGCGCGGCCCCCGGCGCCAGCCCCGCCGCCUGAGAGGGGGCCUGCGCCGCCGGCCGGGGCGUGCGCCCGGGAGCCACCGCCACCGCGGCCCGCGCCCUCAGGCGCUGGGGUCCCCGCGGACCCGGAGGCGGCGGACGGGCUCGGCAGAUGUAGCCGCCGGGCCGAAGCAGGAGCCGGCGGGGGGGCGCCGGGAGAGCGAGGGCUUUGCAUUUUGCAGUGCUAUUUUUUGAGGGGGGCGGGGGGUGGAGGAAGCGGAAAGCCGCGCCGAGUCGCCGGGGACCUCCGGGGUGAACCAUGUUGAGUCCUGCCAACGGGGAGCAGCUCCACCUGGUGAACUAUGUGGAGGACUACCUGGACUCCAUCGAGUCCCUGCCUUUCGACUUGCAGAGAAAUGUCUCGCUGAUGCGGGAGAUCGACGCGAAAUACCAAGAGAUCCUGAAGGAGCUGGACGAGUGCUACGAGCGCUUCAGUCGCGAGACAGACGGGGCGCAGAAGCGGCGGAUGCUGCACUGUGUGCAGCGCGCGCUGAUCCGCAGCCAGGAGCUGGGCGACGAGAAGAUCCAGAUCGUGAGCCAGAUGGUGGAGCUGGUGGAGAACCGCACGCGGCAGGUGGACAGCCACGUGGAGCUGUUCGAGGCGCAGCAGGAGCUGGGCGACACAGCGGGCAACAGCGGCAAGGCUGGCGCGGACAGGCCCAAAGGCGAGGCGGCAGCGCAGGCUGACAAGCCCAACAGCAAGCGCUCACGGCGGCAGCGCAACAACGAGAACCGCGAGAACGCGUCCAGCAACCACGACCACGACGACGGCGCCUCGGGCACACCCAAGGAGAAGAAGGCCAAGACCUCCAAGAAGAAGAAGCGCUCCAAGGCCAAGGCGGAGCGAGAGGCGUCCCCUGCCGACCUCCCCAUCGACCCCAACGAACCCACGUACUGCCUGUGCAACCAGGUCUCCUAUGGGGAGAUGAUCGGCUGCGACAACGACGAGUGCCCCAUCGAGUGGUUCCACUUCUCGUGCGUGGGGCUCAAUCAUAAACCCAAGGGCAAGUGGUACUGUCCCAAGUGCCGGGGGGAGAACGAGAAGACCAUGGACAAAGCCCUGGAGAAAUCCAAAAAAGAGAGGGCUUACAACAGGUAGUUUGUGGACAGGCGCCUGGUAGUGAGGACAAAAUAAACCGUGUAUUUAUUACAUUGCUGCCUUUGUGGAGGUGCAAGGAGUGUAAAAUGUAUAUUUUUAAAGAAUGUUAGAAAAGGAACCAUUCCUUUCAUAGGGAUGGCAGUGAUUCUGUUUGCCUUUUGUUUUCAUUGGUACACGUGUAACAAGAAAGUGGUCUGUGGAUCAGCAUUUUAGAAACUACAAAUAUAGGUUUGAUUCAACACUUAAGUCUCAGACUGAUUUCUUGCGGGAGGAGGGGGACUAAACCUAACACAUUAAAUGUGGAAGGAAAAUAUUUCAUUUAGCUUUUUUAUUUUAAUAAAAGUAAUAUUAUUACUUUAUGAACAAUUUUUUUUAAUUGGCCAUGUCGCCAAAAAUACAGCCUAUAGUAAAUGUGUUUCUUGCUGCCAUGAUGUAUAUCCAUAUAACAAUUCAGUAACAAAGGUUUAAAGUUUGAAGAUUAUUUUUUAAAAAGGUAAAUGGUUAAAUUUUACAUGACAGAUAUUUUAUAUAUUGGCCUGUUCCCCAAAUGGCCAUUUUAAAAUGCUUGGGUACACUUCUCUUAAGUGGUCUAGUCAAGGAACCUCAAGUCAUGCUUUUGCUAUCACCAAUCAUAGUGUAGCCAUCUUUAAUUUAUAUGAGGUGUAUAAAUGUACAUUUCCAAAUGAACUUGCACUUGUUAUAUUAUAAUUGGAAGUGCAGUCAGCAGAUGCUGUUGUGAAGCUCAUGUCACAAUUAUGUGCAAAGGUGUGCUUCCUGCUGUAUGUGAGCUGUAAAAAUGUUAUGUGAAGAAAUAAAUGAAACUUGGCCAGUUUGUUCCUCUAGUAGUAUAUUUAAUUUUGACAUAAGUAACUUUUAAAAUUUGUCUUAAAAAUUUAUACACCAGCAAUUUAGACAAAGCCUUAAGCAAAUUUUGUAUUAUUGUUCUCACUUAUUAUUAAUAAUGAAGUAGAAGUUACUUAAUUGCCAGCAAAUAAAUACGUGUCAAAAAAGAAUCUGUAUUCAGACCCUGGGUCAGGAAAUUACUGCCCACUUGUCAAGUCCAGCCCACCAUCUGUUUGAACAUUAUAUGAAGUUUAAAUUCUAGUGUCCAUAAAUAAAGUUUCAGUGGAACACA